AUGAUACAGUUGGGACCGAACCGGCCAUGGGAGGCCUUGGCCAGCCAAGGCGUCCCUAAUCCACAAUUUCACCCAAAAUAUUCAGUGCCACUCUCGAGAGAUGAGAGCGCGAUGCGAGGAUUGGAAUGGGAUGACAUGGGAGUGAAAGUUGACGGCCGACAUUUACACCAUUCCGCUGACGACAUCGUUCUUAUAACAUCAAGAAGCAUCAAUCAGGCAGGACGGAUGCUGGCCGAAUUUGAUGAAACGCGUUUAAAAAAUCGGUCUUCAGCUGAACCUAGACAAGACGGUGUUUAUGAGGAACGGAUGGGUUUCCGAUUCCCAUCCACUCUUAACGGAACGGACAUAUCCGAAUGCUCCAGCUAUGUAUAUCCAGGUCGGGAAAUCAACAUGAUGAAUGACCUGACCUCCGAGCUCUGCGGAAGGAAACGAGCAGUUCGGAGAGCAUUCGAGGGAAUCGAGGAUGUAGUGAAGCAAACCAACGCGACAUUACACGCCUCGCAGGAAGACCGCCGAUCUGAUAGUUAG